AGAUGCGGGCUUGUUCCGUCCAGUAGGAGGGCGUUCAGCUCACGGCUGAAUUCCUCCUGCGUGCGUGAGCCCUGCUUGUAUGUGGAUGCUGCUGAGGCUCGGGUUGGAUCCCGGAGUGUUUUAGGGACCAGAACCCGCUGGAUGUCCGCCUUUCUGGUGCUUCCAGGCCCGGGGGAGAGGCCACAGAGGAGGCCAGGCUCGCAGACAUGGAGGCUGGCCGUCCUUCCAGAGGAGGGGAGCUGUAGGACGUGGUGAUUUCUUCAGGUGGGGGUGGCGCUUCUAGUAUGGACCUCACCCACCUCAGAGGGGAUAUGUCACCUUUGUACAUGCCGAGGAAGAGGAAACCAGCCCAGUCACAGCUAAAAGCAGCACUUUUAUGUUCAGCUGUUCAGAGAUUUCCUGAACGAGAUGAGGUGAACACGGCAGAGCACUCACAGAACGAAGCUCAAGACCAAAAUGCUGCAAAGAUGAAAAGAACUUAUAGCAGAAAAAGGUAUGAAGACCUGCAGAAUGUUUCCAUGGCAACAGUAGAUUAUGCGACCACCAGUUGCGCAGUGAUGUCAUCAGGUGGUUUGGCCAAUGGUUCAGACCUGGGCUCCAUGGCUCCACCCACCCCGAGGCUUCCUCCAAGACUGGUAACAAAGGAGGCGUGGCCUGAAGGCCCAGAAACAAGCCAGGAGUCGUCCCAGCCCACGGACCAGGGCUGGAGCUCCAGCAGAGACCGUGGUCCCGAAGCCUGGACUCCAGGGAGAGACCGAGCCCAGAACCAGAUCUGGAGUUCUGGCAGAGACAGAGCAGGACAGUCCAGUCAGGAGCAGCAGUGGAUGUCAGGCAGAGACGGAACCCAUCCUGGACCGGAUCAGGCCUGGAUGAUGGGUCGGGAGCACGUUCCCAAUCAGGGCUGGGCAGCGAGCCGGAAUCGAGGCCGGGAUCAGGCCUGGAAUAGAGGAAGGGAUCCAGGAAGAGACCAGGGCUCCUCGGGGCCGGACCAGGGAUGGGAAACUGGUCCAGAUCCAACCUGGAGCAACUCAAAUAGGGACAGAGGCAAUGUCUGGAGGCCUGAUCUGAACAUGAAGAAAGUCCGAAGACCAGAGGUGGACGCUAAAAACUUCCCUCCACCAGCAGGGGGCAGUGUGUCCUCUCAGAUAUGUGAAGAUCAGAAACCUCCAAUCCUCCCGAUCAAGAAGGAACCUCCCGCUUACCCUCCAGGAAGUCAGGAGGAGCGCUGGCAGCUUCAGAUUGUGGCCAAAGGCAGAGUCACGUGUCCAAAAUGUAAAAGUGUGAGCAGGAAGACGGUGGAGGGGCUGAAGAAGCACAUGGAGAACUGCAGACUGCAACCUUUCACCUGUCAGCACUGUGGCAAACAGCUGAAGUCGUCUACGGGGAUGAAGUAUCACAUCAUGGCCGACCACAGCCACUUGCCAUCAACAGAAGACGCCAAGGACCUGAACGACCGCACCAUCAAAGACAAGCUGCGGAAAAUCCUGAAGAGACUCGGAAAACUGAAAUGCUCAAAGGAGGGCUGCACGGCUGCCUUCACCAGCAUCAUGGGAUACGUGUAUCACAUGAAGAAGUGUGGCAAGGAGGAGUCUGAGCUGGAGAAGAUGCUCCUCAACUGCUCUCACUGUGGCAAAACCUACAAGUCUAAGGCUGGAUUGGAGUACCACCUGAAAUCCGAGCACGCUCCGACUCCGCUGAAGAUGGAGGAAGACGAGGACCUGAAGGCUCAGAGGGAAGCCAACCCGGAGAGGACUCCCAGCGGGAGAGUCCAGAGAGCCUCGGCUCAGGUGGCUAACUUCCACCUGGCGGAGAUCGCCAACAACGAACUUCCUAAAGACUGGCCCAAACGGAAGUUCCAGUCGGACCUGGUUCCAGAUGAUAAAAAGUUGAAAUACACCCGACCUGGACUGCCAGCCUUCAGCCAGGAGGUGCUGAGGAAGUGGAAGAAUGAGGUGAAGCUGCAGAGGAAAGUCCAGUGUCCCAACCAGGGCUGCGGCUGCACCUACACCAGUGUUUCCGGCCUGAAGGCCCACCUGGGGCUCUGCACAAAGGGCGAGUUCGAGGCUGGAAAAUACCGAUGUCUGAUCUGCAACAAGGAGUUUAACUCUGAGAGCGGAGUCAAGUACCACAUCAACUCGGUCCACUCACAGGACUGGUUCGUCACCAAUAAAAAAGCCUCCAAGAAGUUUGAGAAGUUCCUGAAGAACCAGUCAAAGGAGGCGGUCCCUAACACGGACAAGCAGCUACUUGACCAGUACCACCUCCACCAGCAGCAUCCGAUCCAGCACCCGCUGCAGCCGCUGCACCACCUCCAGCACCAAGCCCAUUUCCUUCAUCCGGAGCGACAGAACCUCCAGCCGCAGGCCGACCCGCACUUCCAGCAGCCCGUGCUCCACUACACCCCUCUAGAACCUCCACCAGGGCCCAUCUGGAUGGACAUGGACCGCAGGGAGGCGUUGGCGGGACCGGAGCAAACCCACAUGGACAUGGAGAUGGUCAACAUGAUUAAACACGAGGAGAGCAGCGAUGGGAUGGUGGAGAUGGAGAGAAACGAUACAGGAGAAAGAGGAGGGGAGCGGAGCGGCUGCUUUGCUUUCAGCAGCUCCUCCAGCAAAUCGGAGCUGGAGCAGCAGGACAGGCGGAGACAAACGGAGCGGUGGACCAUGAAACGACCCGGUGACCUGGAGCCCAACUCUGAGGCGGGGAAACGACACAGAAACGCCUAAAAGCUCGGAAAAUAUGCGCUUCCUCAACGCGUCUCCGUCUUCGUUAACGGGACCGACGCAGCCGGUGAUUGUCUGACAGAAGUCCUCCCGCUCCCGCAGAGGUGAGACGGCCGCUGAAGCUCUGCGAGGAGAUAACUACCAAACGUGUCUGUUAACCCGAUGUGUAGUCCUACUAUUCUGUGUGUGUGUGUUGAUCCGUAACGAACCAUUCGCUCCGACUUUAAUCGUCCGAUUCUUUCAGAACCUUUGAUAAGGAGUCUAAAGUCACCUUAAUCCUCUCCUUGUUUAGCCUUUUUGGGCCGCAGCAGCGUCUCAUCUCGGGUUUGAUAGAGUAAAAAAAUCUCUUUGAAUGUUAAAGUAGCAAAGUCUACAGAGGUCAAAGGUCACUCUUGUCAUGUGCAAAACAAACAUUUCGUCCAUCUAGCUUGCUGUUUUUGAGCAGCUCUAACACAGAAAUGAUAAUAAUAAUAACAUUAGACUCGUGUAUCUUCUCCAGUUACACAAAGAUUCGUGUAAAUCUGUCAAACACAGUAAAAUUUUGCUUUUUAAGGUUGAUAAAAGCAAAAUAAAUAGUUUGAUCAUUUAGAUCGAGUCAAAUGAACCCGAAACCGAAAUAAAUUAAAAUUUCAUGGAAAUCUUUACAUUUUUAUGGUGCAAUAAUUCAUUUAAACUUUAUCAAGUUUUGAAUCUGAUGUCAGACGUUUUCCAGCUGUUUUUUUGACUGAAUGACAGCGAUAAGGGUUUAGAUGUUUUAAUAAUUAGUGACUGAAAGCUGCAGGAGGAAGUAAACUUUGGCUCUAAAUCCGGUUUCCUGAAAGAAAAAUCCAGAAGGCUGAAAAUCAAAUAAACGUGACGUCAUCUAAUCAGUCCUUAGAAUAAAAACUGAUUAUUUUACUACUUUAAAAUUCUCAUAUGCACUAAAGCAUAAUAUAACAUCAACAUUUGCAGCUUUACAUGAUAAGAGUAGAUCAACACGCAGCAGCAAGAACAUUUAGGUAGAGAAAAAUUCCAGAUUGCAUUUAAUCUUUUUAAAUUUCACAAACUUUCAGACUGAAUCUGAGUCAUUUCGAAGGAAAAAUGAAGGUUUUUAUUUGUCUUCCAGUGUAUUUAUGACACAUUAAAUCACACUGAGUUGUGAUUAUUCCAGUUAUAAACACACAUCUGCUUUAUUUUUGUUCUGGACGAACCCUCAUAAAUAAAUAAAUCCUGUUUAUUCUCUUUAACUCUAGAAACCCUGUUAUGUUUUUUUUUUAAUUUACUUUAUUACCUUGAGAUUGAUUUGUUGUUUUUAUUUUGCCAUGCUGCCUUAGUUGUGACCACUGAGAUGUUUGUUUAACGGGUUUUAUGGUAAAGCACUGUGUUUGACACCUGGUGGGAUUAAUCGUGUGAAGAGUGAAUUGUUCAGAAUAUCAUAAAUCUCUAAAUUUUGUAACUUUAUGGCUUCUAAUCUGUUAUAAAUGAGCCAGUUUGUUAGGUACACCUGUGCACUCUAAUACAAACUAAUUCUUCCAUUAAA